GGCAAACUGAGUGAUGUAUUUGGAAGAAAAAAUCUUCUUCUGAUUAGCCUCUUUGGUGCGGCUGUAGGUUAUAUUCUAACAGGAAUUCCAACAACAUUACUUUUUCUAGCACUCAGCAGAGUUCCAGUAGGGAUUUUCAAGCACAGUCAAAGUAUUGCAAAGACAUAUCUUUCAGAUGUUUCACCCUCUAUAGAUCACCCUAAAGUGUUUGGGAACUUCAAUGCAUUUUCUAGUCUUGGUUUUGUCAUUGGUCCAUUGAUCGGCGGCCAUUUGGCCAUGCAGUCAAAUGGUUUCUCCAGGGUGACCACUUUAACUGGAUUCAUUUUCUUGAUCAAUUUUUUCUUUGUGUGGUUUUUUGUGACACCAGUUGAACAAGUGAAGAAGCAGUCUUUUACAAGGAAAGAACAUGAUGCAUUCCUUGCUAAAGACAAUACAGCAAACAACACAAUAGAUAACCACACAGAGGAAGAACUGGAUAGAAAAGAACUGAGGGAUAGAAAAGCACUCAGUGAAAGAGCAGGCUCCUCCACAUCCCAUGGAACAAGUUUAUACAAAAUUUCUUCAAUAGGUUCCUCACUGGAUUUGAUAGUAAUUCGUUUCGUGAUGGGAUUUUCAAUGCUAGUCUUCCGCAGCAACUUCACAUCCAUGUUAGAGUUUCACUUUAACACCAGUCCAAAAACCAAUGGCUAUAUUAUGUCUUACAAUGGUCUAGUGGGUGGUUUUUCUGGAAUUCUAGUGGGAAAGAUAGCAAAAUUCUACAAUCACAAUGAUGCAAAGAUGCAACUUCAUUUCUCCCUACUUCUCAUGGCAUCACUUCUUGGCAUAACAUUCUCACCCAGUAUAUUGUUCAUUCCAGUCUUCAUUACACCACUGGCCAUCUCAAGUGCAGUUUGCCGUGUCUGCACGACUAAUCUCACUUUCCGUAGGGGCAGUGAGGAUGAGAAAGGGGUCAUGUUAGGGAUAGGGAACUCAUUACUGUCAUUUGCACGAAUGAUUUCUCCUGCUUUAGGUGGGUUUGUUCAGGAGGUAAGUGUGUACGGGCCUGGUAGCAUUGGUGCUCUUAUAGCUGGCAUAGGUGUUGUUAUCAUGAUACUUUUCCCACUUGAUAGGCCCAGAGUGAACAAAAAGGAGAAAAAAGACCAGUGAGAAAUACAUUUAGCACUAUGCUUUUGAUUCCAUCCAUGUUACAAAGAGCCCUUUCACAAUCUUCUAUGUCACUAUCAGGUAUAAAAGCAUAUUAUUUUUAAAAAGAAUGAAACCCUUGCACUGAUUAUCCAUUGGCAGAGGGUAGACACGAGUUGAGAAUGGUUAAGAAUGGGAAGGAUUAAUUUAAGUUUAUUGAUAUCAUAUAAUAAUAAUAAAUAAUUGUUCUUGAACAUGAGAAAUAUAAGCUUCGA